ACAGAUCCGUUAGUUCUUGUUCAACCUAGGUUCAACCCCAUGGAUUCCAAAAAGUCGCCGACCAUCUUCCUGAACGAAGUCUCUCAUGAGCAAAUUGAAUUGUCUUCCUUAGAAACACAACGACGUCAACAAGAUACUCAGAGCAAUGCUUCGAUCACAACAGAGCCAUCACCCUCUGUAAAUAUCCAGGAGCUACCACCAGUCGAUAAAGGGUGGCAGGCGUGGUCGUUCUGUUUCGCAGGUGUCGUUUUGGAGGCUCUCGUUUGGGGCUUUUCUUUCAGUUACGGAAUCUUUCAAGCUUACUAUACAUCACAUCCUCCGUUCGACAAAGCUUCUCGAAUUGCGGUUGCUUCCGUAGGGCCAAUAGCGCUUGCCAUCGAAUAUGGCGAGGGUUUCCUAUUAUCGUUCUUCUACACACGAUAUCCUGACUGGAUCAAGACCUCUAUGUGGCUUGGACUUUUACUCUCUGUACUUUGUCUUGCACUCUCCAGCUUUGUAAAUCAAGUAUGGCUCCUGAUCUUACUUCAAGGUGUAGGGCUAGGUGUCGCAGGUGCUGUGCUAUACUGGCCUGUAGUUUUAUAUGUCUCCGAGUGGUUCGUGGAACAUAGAGGGCUCGCUGGUGGUGUUAUAUUUGCCGGAGGAGGUCUUGGGGGCUUUUUCUUCCCAUUCAUCGUAAACUCACUGUUGGAUCAUGUCGGACAUAGAUGGACGUUGCGUGCCCUCGCUUUGCUCCAGGGGGUCCUCGGUGGGAUCGCACUGUUGGGUAUCCGUCCCAGGAUUCCACCCCCAAAAUACCGUCCUGGACAACGGCGUCCAAGCCUGAUGCCACGACGAUUACAGUUCUUCAAGAGAAAAGUCUUCUGGACAUAUUCAGCAGCACACUUUUUACAAGCAAUGUCGUACUUCCCCGUCUCGCUUUAUAUCGCUGUCUUUACCGAGUCCAUCUCUUCUCCACUAUCCGCUACCAUCGUGUUAUCGCUAUUCAAUUCCGCAGGUGUCGUGGGUCAAGUUCUAUUAGGUUAUCUUACAGAUCGGUUUCCAUAUCCUUGGAUCAUGUUUGCUAGUACCCUGGGAACCGCUCUCUCUGCAUUCCUGCUUUGGGGGUUCGCUGAUACAUUGGCUCGUGUCUUUGCUUUUGCAAUCAUAUUUGGCGGUCUGGGUGGAGGGUUCGCUUCGAUCGCCUUCGCUGCGGCAACAGAUUCAGCAAAUCCCAAUACAGAGCAGGCACCAAUAGCUCUAACCGCAUUCUCGGUUGGCAAGGGCAUAGCUGCUGUUGUCGGACCUGUGCUGUCUGGUCUCCUCCUGGAAGCGGGAAAAAGCGUCAGUUAUGGUCCCUAUGGCAAGUUUGGCUUUGGUCCUGUGGAGAUAUUUGUGGGGUCUUGUGCGUUGGUCUGUUCAUUCUGUAGUGUUGGUGUUGCGAUGUCAAGACCGCGGGUUUGAACGUCUUCGACGGUUACGUUGAUAGAUUUAGAUUUGUGUGCUAUCUCGUUUUCUAGACUAGGGCUUCCGGGCCUUAUCCACUCACCUCGUGAUAAAGGGUGAUACGGCUCGCAGUGAUCACGGAACGGAUAGCGUACUAUUACGACACCUACCGCAUGAUCAAU